ACCAUUUUUUUAACACGUGCUCCUGUAUUGACAUGACUACAUCAUUACAUAUUACAUUCACAUCUACCCAUUCCAUACCAUUUCAUUCCCUAUUUUCUUUUUCUUUAUCAUCUCUUUUUCCCUUACCUUUUUCUAUUUCCUUCUCGCGAAUCUACAAUCACCACCAUCGACCCAUUAACAACUUCUCCUAAUUUUCCAAGAAAAAUUCACUUCCUGUUUUAAGGUUUUGGAAUUAGUAUUAUUGGACUCAAAAUGUCUUCUCCAAGUAAAAGGAGAGAGAUGGAUGUCAUGAAGCUGAUGAUGAGUGAUUACACUGUUGAGACAAUAAAUGAUGGCCUCAACGAGUUCAAUGUGGAAUUCCAUGGUCCAAAAGAUAGCCUUUACGAAGGUGGAUUCUGGAAGAUACGUGUUGAGCUUCCUGAUGCUUAUCCUUACAAAUCUCCUUCUAUUGGGUUUGUUAACAAGAUUUUCCACCCAAAUGUGGAUGAGCUAUCUGGUUCUGUCUGCUUAGAUGUCAUUAACCAGUCAUGGAGUCCAAUGUUCGAUCUUCUUAAUGUUUUUGAAGUCUUCCUUCCACAACUCUUGCUUUAUCCGAAUCCUUCAGACCCGCUCAACGGUGAUGCUGCAUCAUUGAUGAUGAAGGAUCGGAAGCUAUAUGACCAGAAAGUAAAAGAGUACUGCGAGCGAUAUGCGAAAAGGGAGCAUAUAGCCAACAUGACACCUGAAGAGGAGAGUGAUGAAGAGCACACCUCUGAUGAAGAAAGUGAUCCAAGUGAUGAUGAUGAUGAUAUUGCUGGGCAUGCAGACCCUUAACUUACAUAAAGGGGUAAUAUCUUUGUUCAAGCCCUCCAUUUACAGAAGCAGCAGCAUCACAAAUACACAUUACAUGUCUACUAUUUAGUUGCUAUACUAUUUGUAGACUAAAUUUGAUUUCCUUGUAAAAAAAAAUCAGUAACUGUGUUAGAGGCUAAUAAUGCCUUAAUAUUUCAAAUGUUGUAACAGACACAAUGGGAAAUAGAGGGAUAGAAAGGAACCGCUGAAUAUUUGUCAUUGCCUUUCAUAUUCUGUUAGAUUUCUUAUUCUUUUGCUUAGCUUAAUCAUAUAUUUUAUGUUUCUCUUCAA